CGCUUGAACGUCGAUCGUGCCGCUUGUGUUGCAGCAGCUGAACGUGUGGGAAAUGCUGUUCGUUAGCAUCUGAGAGAUACAUCUUUUGCACGGUCUAAAAAUAAACGGCGAAACUGAAAAAGGGGGACAAAAACAAACGCGCGCGACAAUUGCAAAACAUAGGGUCGGACCCCUAAAAAACCAAAACGUACAAAUUUUAUAAAUAUCAAGUUGAAAAUGUGAAUAUAAAUGGGAAAUGGGAAAAUGCCUAUGUGAAAAUGCAAAAGUGGAAACUUAUUUAUGCAAUCGAUUUGUGCAUCCAAAAAUGCUGUAUUUAUUUAUCGGCGCGACAGCGAAAUAAAUAUAUAGUGUGCAUAUAGUAUAUAUUCGGUCGAUCAAAAGUAUCCACGAUUCAGAUCAAAGUGGCCCGCAAACAUAAUAAACAAAUCAUGCGGAAAGCCCAUUCCGUAAAUUGAAAACUGAAUGAAAGUUUGCCGUGCAGCAGCAAUGCAAGAGCCCAAGUACAGUAAACACUCGACAGGAAACAUGUUAAAAAUGUACAAGUAAAUAAAGUGAGAGAACUAUUCGGGGCAUCUGGCAAAUCCAUGUAAAUAAAAGUUUAAAAAAAAAAAAAGCAAAAAAUUAAGAAGAUUGCGAAAAUAGAGGAAAAUGUGGCGAUUUGGGCAGAGCAUAAAACGCAAUUAACGCAACAAAGAAAGAGACAAAUACAAAAGACAAACGUAAUGUGAAAACUUGAGCUUGAGCUAAAAUUGAAAUUAAAAUUGAAAAUAGAAAAUUGAAAAUAAAAAGACCACCAGCUGCAGCACAAAGAGGAACAGAGACAGAGAGAGCGAGCGAGAGAGAAGGCGCCAUGAAGUUUCAUUUGGCCGCUUUUUGGUUAUUUUUGUUGACAGUUGGCGGCAAGCGGCAGCAGCAAUUAAGCGCUGAUUGUUGUCACGGGGCAGCCACUUGGGGCAUGCCAACUGCAGCUGCAGCUGCAGAUGCCACUGCAGCAGUUGCACCAAAGCUAAAUUCAAUCGAUGGCCGCAUCGGAAAUGAGUCGCAGAACGCAACAAAAUUUCGUGUGGCCGCAAUUCGAACGCCAGUCGAACCUCCGCCGGUUAUUGGGGACAUCACAACAACGACAAAAGCAACAACAACAUGGCCUUCAGCUCUAACGGAUGCCACAACGCUCACGGCCAAAACAAUCGCUCAGCUGGCAUUCAAGUCGGCCAAGGCAAACACUUUAGAGCUGAGCUUUAAGCAGCGCAUGGCUCAGCUAUUCGCCAGCGAGGAGCAGCCAGAGUCCACUCUAACAACAACAACAACAGCUGCCACGCCUGACAGCGAUAGCAGCACUCACCAUCCGGAAAGGCGGCACGUGGUGCCCGACAAGCUGCUCUACACACCGGAGCUGCAAAUCAAACAGGGUCGCCUCAUGGGCAUCACACGUCGCUUCCAGGUAACAAGCGGCCUGCGCGAGGUGGAUCAAUAUUUGGGGCUGCCCUAUGCGGAGGCGCCCACUGGGAGCAGGCGCUUCAUGCCGCCAGGUGCGCCCUUGCCAUGGCAGGGCCUGAAAAUCGCGCGUCAUUUGCCGCCGGUUUGUCCACAAAAACUGCCGGAUGUGUCCGGGCCGAGCAGUGUAAACAUGUCACAGGGCCGUUACAGGCACUUGAUGCGACUGAUGCCCUAUCUGAAAACGGAGAGCGAGGACUGCUUGUAUCUGAACGUGUACGUGCCGCACACAGACCCCGUGGCAGGGACCAAGCAGCACGCCGUGCUUGUUUAUUUGCAUGGCGAGUCCUUUGAGUGGAACAGCGGCAAUGCCUACGAUGGCUCCGUUCUGGCCAGUUAUGGGGAGGUCAUUGUGGUCACUGUCAACUAUCGGCUCGGCGUUCUAGGGUUUAUGCGUCCGGGCAUCGAUGCUCAUAAUAUAGCCAACUAUGCGCUGCUCGAUCAGAUAGCUGCGCUGCACUGGAUCAAGGAGAACAUCGCGUCCUUCGGUGGGGACAACACGCGCGUCACGCUCAUGGGCCACAGCACCGGCGCCGCCUGCGUCAAUUACCUAAUGGUCUCGCCGGUGGCAUCAGGUCUAUUCCAUCGCGCCAUUCUCAUGUCCGGCUCGGCCAUGUCCGACUGGGCCGCCAGCAAUCAGUCCCUGCAAUUGACCAUGCAAAUAGCCCAGUCCCUCGACUGUCCGCUGGCUGGCCACGAGGAGGACGAUGCUCUGCUGAAUUGCCUGCGCCAACGUCGCUACCAGGAUAUCUUGCACAUACCAACAUCGUUUCAACAAUUUUCAACAUCAUUGGGUCCAAUUGUCGAUGGACACGUAAUACCAAAUCAACCAUACAAGGUCAUGGGGCAUUAUACGGAGCAUUUCAGCCGUUAUGAUUUAUUAUUCGGCAUCACGGAGUCAGAAUCCUAUCAUACAUUGGCCGCAUUAGCACUCGAGGAAGGAUUAUCUGAAAAUGAACGUGAUAAUUUAUUGCGCUUCUAUAUGCAGAGUCGCUUUGAUGUUCGCCCCGAUUUGGCAUUGGCUGCCACGCUAAAAAAAUACCAGGACAUGUACAACAAUCCGAUAAAAGCCACUAAUUUGGAGCAUCGCGACGUUGUACUGGACAUACUCUCCGAUGCCCGGGUCGUGGGCCCGCUGCUGCAGACGGGCAUGUUCCAUGCGGAUGUGAAUCGACGCAAUUAUAUGUACGUAUUCGGACACAACAGCGCAACGGGUCCCUAUGCAAAUCUACCGCAUAGCAUAAUGGGCGAGGAGCUGGCGUUCGUUUUUGGUGCGCCGCUGGCGCCGGCCGGCCCAUUUCCCAGCCACAACUAUUCCGUGCAGGAAAAGCUGCUUUCCGAGGCGGUAAUGGCAUAUUGGACGAACUUCGUGAAGACCGGCAACCCGAAAGCACCUUGGAAGGGCACAUUUCUGAACUCCCAUGUGUUGGAGUGGGAUCGCUAUGACCUGGAUUGGCCAGAGUUCAACAAGCGUGCCCAGGCCUAUCUAAAUAUUGGCAUUCCGCCGACAGUGGGCUACAAGUACCGUCAGAUCUAUAUGAACUUCUGGAACAAAGAGCUGCCGGACGAGUUGAAUCAAAUUGCCGCCAUACAGCAGCAGCAGCUGGCCGGAAACGAGGUGAUUACGGGCCACAUGAGUAAGUACGGGCCGCGUGACAAUGGCGCCGAGGAUCCGGUGCGUACGCUCAAAUUGCUGCUCCAGGAGCCGGUGGCGACGGGCAGCGAGCAGCUCGAAACAGCUGCGGAAAACAUGUACAAUGCCCCGCCCACAUUCGGCCACGUGCACAGGCUGCAACAGCUGCACCAGCAGCACCAGCAGCAGCAGGGCAGCGAGGGCGUGGCUACCACUUCCGUGGAGGAGGCGACACCCAACAGCGAUUACGGGGAGUACGGGGCAUCGGCCUCCCCGGCGACUCCCGGCGAGCCCAUUGCCAAAUCGGAGACCACGCUGCAGCUGCUCAUCGCGCUCAUUGCCAUCUUCCUGGUGCUGAAUGUGGUCAUAUACACCACGUUCCUGGUGCGGCAGCGCCGCAAGCGCAGCACCACGAUGCAGCGCAAGCUGGGCGGCAACAUCCUCAGCUACGACGGCGCCAACGAUGACGAGCUGAAGCGCUGCAGCAAGUCGCGCGACGGCGACGAGAGCUACAUCCUGGACAUUGUGCGCAAGUCGAACACAUACGAGGCCAUCAAGACUGGCCAGCGCUCGCCCAUCAACGGCUAUGCCAUGCAGCGGCAGCUGAGCAGCUCCACGGUGGACACGCACACCAAGGUCUGCGAGUGGAUGUCCGCCACGCAGCACCAGCAGUCGCUGGCCAGCAAGGCGGGCAGCUUCAACACGACGCCAGCGCCGGCGGCGGCGGUGCAGUGCGACGGGCGCAUCAUCAUUUGCCAGGACAUCGAGGUGGCCGACGCAGCGCUGCUGACGCCGCAGCACAUGCACGAGGGGCAGGAGGGCGUGCACUAUGAGCUGCUGCUGCAGCGCCAGCACUCGGCCCUGACCGAGCCCUGCGAGGCCGCGCUGCAGCCACAGCAUUGCCACUCGCACUCGGAUCCCGUGGACAUGAUCCUGGCCGCCGACGAGCAGGUCACCAGCUUUGUGCACGCCGACGAUGUGGACAUCAAUGUGACCAGCCGCGACGAGGCGGCGCUGGUGCUGCAGCCCCUCAGCGCCGCACAGCAGCUGGAGCUGCUGCGCCAACGCAACUACCCCAAGGUGCUGCCCACGGCGCAGGAUUUGCGCGCGAGCCACAGCUACAAGCGCAACUCGCUGCCGCCGCAGAACCACGCCACGGCGCCGCUGCCGCCGCCGCGCACCAUCAGCAGCACACUGGGCCGGCGGCGGCGCGACAGCAGCAACAUAACCACAUCCCCGCUUAUGCUGGCCCAGGACUGCGGCGAGGAGGAGCCGCGCGAGCCGCCCAUCACGCAGAACACGCUGAUUGUGGGCCCCAUUGUGCCGAAAUCGCCGGCGGCCUCGCUUAAGCGGAUUAAGCCGCCGACUCCUGGCGGGCCAGACGCGCCGAUGAGCACGUUGAGCGGCUCAUUCCAGUCGUUCGAGUCGGUGCCCCCGGCGCACGAGGCAACGCCGCCCCAGGGACAGCGCACCGAGUGCGUCUAUGCCAUAGCGGCGAGUGCCAGCGUCGGCUCCAUGCCGGGCAGCAGCUGGUCAGCGCCCAACGGCGAUGUCUAUGCGCAGCCCAUGAAGUCAGCCUCGAGGACGUCGCUAAUACCGCGCCCGCUGCAGACGGCAGCAGCGACGCCAGCAGCGGCGACAGCAGAGACGCCAGCUGUCACACAGCAGGUGUCAACGGCAGCUGCCACUGCGUGCGAACAAAGCUCGGCGCCUCCGGCCCCGGCCCCAGCCACGCCUAGUCGCAUACCGCAACUGCAGCGGCAGGCAUCCAGCAAGGAGCUGUCGCCGGCUGACAGCCAGCCGACAGCGGAUGCCACAACAGCAUCAAAUUCACGCAUAGACUCCACCAUCUCGAGUGGCUCAUCGGCCUCGACCGCCUCCUGGUGCAACUCGACGACAUCCUCGUCCUCCUCGUCAACCGGCACGGUGCGCACGGAACUGCAGCCGAGCCGCAGCAUCGCCACCCAUAUAUAGAGCUGCAGUUGACGCCCUGUUGUGGUCCGCUAAGCAGCUCUUGCCAAAUACGUUGACGGCGCAGCUUGUGGCGACUGCGACUGCGAGUGCUCGGCAUUUGCUGGUGUUUGCGCGAAAUUUAAUAAUACAUUCUGGCCAAAAGUUUAUCUUUGACUUGAGGGUCGGAGGAGCCGUGCAGCUGCUCGAGCAUGGCAGGACCUGCGGCAGCUCGUGGUCGCCUUUGUUGGCCAAAGUUUUGCUAACUGCAAGUUGUGUCAAGGCUUUGAUUCAAAUUAGAGAGAACGAAUAUCGAAAUAACUAAUGGAAAUUCAAUUCGAGUCAAGACGAGUUUGGCCAACAAAUUGUGGUCAAAGCAAGAGAAAAAAAAAAAAAUGGAAAAAAAAAAAAAUGGAAAAACUGCAGCUCUUUACGAACAUAAAAAAAGUCGUAAUUAGUUAAUUGAAAUAGAAAUGAAAGAAAAGUCAAGUAGAACUGCUUAUUAGUUAAGCGAGACGAACUAUAAGAAUAGAAGUUUAAGCGAAUCAAAAAUCACUUGAUAAGAAUAUUAAUUGCCGCUGAUUAAACAAACUUAAAGUAGUUGCAGAUAUUUCAAUUAAGCUUUAGAAAUUAUUGCUUCCAUUUAUUUAUCGGAAACCAGAGAGACAAAGGAAUCAAAACAAAUAAGCACUACAUUACUUUUAUAUACAUAUAUAAAAAAUAUCCCCAAAAAGUAUUAUGAGAGGAAAAAUGUGGGAGCUACUGAUUACUUCAUAUAGCAUAUAUUUAGGUACAUAAGUAUAUUGUACGAACUAAUUAAACAACAAGUAACGUAAAUUGGGGCACAAUUUAAGGACUUUAUGGUAGAAGUAGAAGUUGAGUUUAUUUUUGUAGGCUAAUUGCAAAUGGAAAAGGAAGAAAGUUUGUCCUCUGUGCGCUACCUGUGUAAUGAGCACGAACAAUGCGAAAUUUGAUUGGCCCAAACGAUUGGCAAACAGGAGCCCUUUCAUAAGUAGUUGCUGCCAGCAGGAGUAGCAGCAGCAGCAGGAGCCACGGCAAAACUGUUGGCUAUGUGAACAUUUGAAUAGUUGCAAAUAUUUCAAAUAUUUUGAGAUACUUAGCCGCUGGGAGUUCCGUCAAACUUGUCACCGCAAAAUAGUUGCCAAACAGUUGCCUAAACUCCAUCCUGGCUGCAGGAAGUUCAGCGCUCUUAUCCUGGGCUUUACUUUUGUUCUCGCUGCGAAUUGAGUUAUUGUGUCGACUUUGUCGCUUUUCGUUUGGCAUUUUAUGCAAAUUGCUGUCAGGCAACAACUUUGCCCAAAAAUGUUAAGAAAUUCCCUCUCUCUCGCUCUCUCUCUCUCUCUCUGUGUUUUUCUUCAUCUCGAUGAAAAGUUAAAGUCCCUGCCAUAAACAGGGCGUAGAACCAAAGUUGUAAUUAAAUAUUGCGCCCAAUUGGAUUGUUUGGCUGGCGCCCAGGUACAAAAGCCAUUCUCAUAUUUUCGCUUUUGCAUAAAUAGUAUGUUUAUAUUUGUCUUGCGCUAAUUUCGUUAAGUACUUUUGUACUUCAUUAGCAACCAAUUAGUUCAAAUAGACUCUAUAUGUAUAUAUGUAUAUAUAGGCAAAACUAACAAAAAUUUCUCUAUAUAUAUCUACAAAGUUUCUUCCGCAUUGACACUUAUUUGCACUUCAAAGAGCGACAAAGCAACGGCAAAACAUCCUGCGGCAGCUCAUAUGACUGACUCGGCUCCUGCUCUCUAUCGGCUCUGUGUGUUAAUUUGGCGCAAUUGCCGAAUUUCUUCUACACUAUUCUCUACACUCAAUUUGCAUCACACUUCAUUCAUUUGCUUUUUUUUCUCAUUCUUUUGUUUUACUUCUCCUUUUGCCGCUCUAACUUUUCCCACAUGUGGGCUCUCUGACAGUUUGUAUAUUUGUGCAUUUCAGAGUCUUCUGUAUGAUGAACUGAAUAAAGUUUGGGGCAUUUAGUUAAUUAAACCGAGCUAGGUCCAUAAACCUCUUAAAAACUUUUGCAGCUCAAUCCAACACUGUUCAAGGCAGAUGAAAUAGAAAGUCUCCUCCCCGGCUCUGUAUCAAAUUCCAGCAGCAUAGGACGCUAUGUCGACUACAGCAAUUUGCUAGGAUGAUUUAUGUUUUUUAUUCAAAUAAUUUGAAACUUUACAUCUGUUUAUUACUCUAUUCUAAUAGAGCUACAUAUUAUUAUAUUUUUUAAUCCUAUGAAUAUACUAUGAGGCAGCGAAUUAAAUUACUUCAAUUUCAAAUAUUAUUCCCUAAAAUUCCUCUCCACUGUUCUAUUUUGAUAUAUAUUCAUUUGCAUAUUCAACAUCUAUCCCAAAAAUGUAAGGUUUUUUUACUCAGUUUCAAUUAUCAAAUAUCUUUAUUAUUUUUAAAUUUUAAUUGAAUUCUAAAUGAAACCUAAAAUGUUCUAUCUAAGCUCUAAGCUUUUUCACAUUGUUUGAAACUUUUUAGCUGAUGCUAAAAUCACAGAAACUACUUCAACAUUUGACCAUCGACCAGAAAGUAACUAAAAGUUAACAGCCAAAAAAUGAAGAAAAAUAAAUAACACACCAAAAAAAGGGGAAAAUUAUUUGCCAAAAUUGCUGACAACCGCAAAUUAGAGUUGGGUCGAGAGUUGAUUUAAAAGACUCUCUAGAAUUAUUUACAGAUUGCGUGAAGGAGUAAAAUAACUUUGAAAUACAUAAACAAAUAGCAUCCAGAGCAGAACUGAGCCAAGAGUCAUACGUAGUCAGAAAUGAAACUUCCUCCAAGCAUAAAUUCAGUUGAAUAACAAUAUAUUUGCCAAGGCUUUUGAUUUAUGGCAGACAAUUUUUAAUUUUUCUUUUUUUUAUGCGGCUUGUACACGGAACAUAAAUAAAUAAUAAGCAAAUAUUUAUAGCAGUUUAAUAUUUAAUUGCGUUAAAUCAAAACUGUCAACGAAGGAAAAAAAAAACAACAAAAUUAACUUAAGUAAAAAUUAUGUGAAAUAAAUUUGCAUUAAUUAAACGAGACAGGGAAGGUAAAUAAUGAUAAUUGCGUAUGCAUACAAUGAUAAAGCGGCAUAAAUGCAUCCGGACUAAUUAAUGCACUUUAUAAUUAGUAUUAUAAGAUUAAUAUAACAUAUCUAUAUGAAUGUAUGCCAACACAGGGUCAACAGCAAUUCAAUUCAAUAGCAUUCAACAAUAAACUGGUCAAACAUUCCACAUGACAGACGCCAAAUCCUUACU